AUGCCGGGAGUGGAACAAUGGGAUAGCCCCCGUUCUGAGCAAGCUGCCCACGUCGGAGGAUUGUUCAUAGUCAUAGCAGUAGCAGAGGCCCCGAUUCAGCCGGGUGCCUCCGUGGUGGCCUGUGCUGAGAUGUGUUCAGUGAAAUCAGUGAAGAUUUAUCAAAACCCUUGGCAGAGUUUUGAAAACAAAGGAAGUGAAGCCAUAAAUUCAAAGAGCAAUCAGAAGGAAAUCACAACUCUUCCAGCACUACUGACGGUUUGUCAAAAUGAGGAAAAGAACCAUUCCACAGAAGAACUUAGCAAUUCUGAAAUCCAUGAGGAAUUAAAAAAGGCUAAUAGCCUUCCUAGUUUGACACCUGCAACCAAAACAGCAUAUAAGGACAAGCAGCCCAGAGAAGGUUUUUUCCAGUUUCUUGGAAGCUUAUUUAAUAUUGCAUCAAAAUCUUCUUUGGUAGAGUCUAAACCAUCUACCUUCCAAGAUGAACCAAACAGAUGUGAAAAGGAUUUGCAGGACAGAAAUACCCUUCUGGAGGGCAGGCAUCCAAAGAAUCUGAAAACUGAACAGCCUGUCAAUUCUACAGCUAAAAUAAAAGAGGAUUCUGUAAAUAAAGCUGACACUGUCCUAAACAACACUGGGAAAGAUAUCUCACAGGAUGUACAAGGAGGCCGGAAACGAUCUGCGGAUGUGCUAAAGCAGAUGCAGUGGAAACCAGAAUCACCUGCAGUUACCUAUGCAACAUAUCGAGGCUCUGCAAGAAUUAGGCAACUACUGAAAAAACAGUCAGAGAAGGCUGAAAGAGAAGAAAGUACUGAUAGCAGGAAUGGUUCCCUUGUCAGAGAAAAUGGAGAAAUCCAGAURACAGUGUCUUCAAAACCAGGACAUUUAUUAAAGGAAAACGGAGAAGUUGAGGGUAAAGACAAUGAAGAUCAUGACCCAGUGAAUUCUUCUACCAUUGAAACAGAACUGAAAAAGUCUCAGCAUUGCUUAGGUGGCAGUAAACGUGAAAUAACUGCAAAUACCUCAGCUUCAUCUACUGAUUUAUCUAGUGAAGUGGAUUUAAAAUACACACCAGCUUUACAUACAACUAGAGUGAAGAGGACGUAUUCACUAGAUUCGUUUUUGUCAUCUGAUAGGAACAGAGAGGUCCUGAUCGAUUCCACUUGCCAGAGUACUGAUUCCACUACAAUGAGUCUUGUAAAUCAUUUCAUGGAAAAAGAAGGAAUGCCAGGAGAAUCAGACGCUCAGUUUCAGGCAGAUGAAAAUGUUCCUUCUAACAYUGAUAAAAAAAUUGAUUGUAGCAAAGGAAGUACUAAGGAAUCUGAAAAAAUAAUGCAGAAUGAUGGUUUUCGUUCAUCCAAAUCAAAAAGAGAAACAGUAAAUGGUCAACUACAGCAGACAGAAGGAGAAUAUUGCUGUAAUCAUCAAACAGUGAGCCCCUUAGAUCUAACACUGAAUAUCCAAAUGCUUCAUUCCUCCACCACUGCAUUUCAAAAAAGUACAGAUAGUGCAAACAAAGAUAGUGAUGCUAGCAAAAGUGAUGCACAAAGAAUUGUGCCAACUGUAGCAAGUGGGCAAAAUCCACAAGGCUCUGUUUCUGCUGUGCAUCGGCCUUUUGAUGAACAAAUACCUGCUUCACUUAGCAAGGAGUGCCGAGUAGACAGGAGCAUAGCUACAGGUAACCCAACUACUGUAGCUGCGUCUGUUAAAAAUUAUGAACAUGCAGUCAUGGACGGGGAAACCAGAAAUGAAGAACUGAGUGAACUAGGGAAAACCAUGCAUAUACAAAAUGAUCAUCAAUUAAUCUUUGUGGACAAGGAUACUAGUAAGGAUACUAGUGCAGAACAGUCUGAUUUAUCUCCUCUAGAAACUGAGGAGUUUGAAACAAUGAAAGUUUCACCUGAGGCCAUAGUAGAAAAGCUUGACAAAGAAUCAUCUUGCCUUCACAGGUGUGGAAGUCUGAACUCUAACUUUUAUGAGCUGAUACCACCUCUCUCUGCUUCUUAUGAGUUGUCUUUUAGAACUGGAGGUUGUUGCUCAGCUUCUCAUCUUCCUAGCUCUCAAUCUGAAAAUAAAGCUACAGGGGAAAGAGAAGCCAGUUUAGAAGAUGUGAGAGAUACUAUUUCUUGUCCUGAUCUUGAAGAUGAGAAGAACAAAUCCCAUGAGCUUGCAGAGAUAAGCCUGUCAGGAAACUCAGUUCCUGUCCGUGAGGUUGGUGCUAUUUCCCUUAAAACUGUUCAAAGCAUUUCUCCCAAGACAACAGUUGUACCUGCAGAAAAUGACACAGCAAAGAGUGAACUUUGGCCUUUAAUCAGCACUGACAGGACAGAUGAUGCUUUUGCUGCUGCUUCUAAAAUAAGGAAAGCUGGUACAUCUGAGACUGCUCCUGUUCCUUCUCAGUCCAGCAAUGACGUCUCUGAAUUUUCCUCUCAUAUGUCCAACUCAGAAGAAAUUUUGGAGGUUUCACAUUCUGCCUUGAAACAUGGAAGGAAGCCCUUAACCAAGCACUGCCCUUUUGUCUGUGAAAAAGAUGUUAAUGUAGGUGACAUUGCUGACUCUUCAUCUAGUUCUGGAGAAGCUAAUAUGACUACUUCUUCAAAACUUGAUAACAGUAGUAAGCCUGCAAUAUCAUCUGUGUUACUUAAUUCUUCAUCUGGCAACCAUCAAAAAACACCUUCUGCCACUAACUCUGAAAAUGACAAAAUUGCCACAUCUGCUGCUGCUUCUGAACAGGAUGGCCAAUCCAGCUGURUUUUUCCUGCUGCUGAGUCGAGAGGAACUAUCCCUGAGGACAAGAUGACCAAGACGCCACUUUGCCCAGAAGACUCAAGAGCUACAUGCCCAGAUGUUUCUGUAGAAUUUGACAUUAACAUAGCUGAAACUGAUCACUCUGGUGCUGCCAUAGACCUGUGGGGAGCUUCCAUCCCCAAGGCUGCUUCACCAUCCAAAGAAACCUGCAACCUUCCUGCUUCUGCCCUUGAAACACUGAGGGUUGCCCAGGAAAGCAGUAAUUCCCCUAGUCGUAAACUCAGUGAUGGGGGAGAGACUGCAUCCCCUGCACAAAAGCCUGAUGGUGUCGUAAACCUCUUCUAA